CUUGCUUCCUAUCACCACAACACAACUGAUCUGUCCACCACACCUGCAAUUUUGUGCAAAAUCCCUUGAAAAUGAUGUCCCCUGAAUACCAAAUUGACUCCCAAAAAUACAUCAGCAGUGCAGCCCUCCCUGAGGUAGCCCUGGCCCUAGAACAAAGUUUCAACACAAGGAAGGAUGAUUCUUGGUUGGGGAAGGUCAAGGUCAGACACCCUAUGUCUGGCAUUCUCACAUCAGAGACAGGCAGUGUGAGGCUGGGGGCUUUGGAAUUCUUACCAUCACACCUCAAGGUCUACCUGUGCCAUGGUCAGCAUAGGAAGCAGGUCCUUGAGAAUGCCAUCCAGUUGGCUUUGACCAAGGAAAAAAUGGCAGAGACUGGAGAAGAGCAUCCUGAAGCCCACAAGUACCCACUCAAGGAAGUGCAUCAGCAUAAAGAUGCGUUUUGGACAAUGGAUGUCUACCAAAAUUCCUUAAUGACUGAUUCCAUGUUUUUCACCUGGGUACUUCAAGAUAAUGCCCCUGUGGAAAAGGCUCCAAAUCUGUUGCUUGAUUAUGUCAAUGCCUAUGGAACCUUCAUCAACAGCAACCAAGUCCCCACUGGCCUACAGAGGAGAGCAUGGUGGUCAGGGAUGCUUGAGAGCAACAAUUCACUGGAGCCUUUGAGGCCUGUCCUUCGUUCAAUGGAGAUGCUGAGAGUUAUGACUCCCAUGAGAAAGGUCAAGUGGUUCAUCCAAUACACAAAGUCAUCAUUUAUAAGGCAUAUGGGGGGGAUGCAAAAUUCACUUAGUUCUGGGCAGCUGCCUUUGAGAUUUGUCUCUGGCAGCUAGCCAUACUUUGCUCCGAUGGUCACAUCCUUGGACCUGAGGAUGAUGAGCAAAGGUUCAAAAACAUCGACCAUGACCACCUUCCCCCAUCCUCACAUCUCUCCCAGCUCACAUUCUCAAAUAUCAAAGAGGACCUUGAACAUCCCAAAAGGCACAAAAAUCUGGUUGGAGCCAGUUCAAGAGGGUCCAGAAGGUUCCUGGUGAAUUCCCUGGGAACCUACUUCAACCUGGGGAGAAGAGGAGUGGACAUUUGAGCCUGGGAUAGUAAGUAACAUUUUUCACUUG